GCGGUGGUACAAAAGGGCAGCAGCAGAAGAUCGAUGGCCGCGGCAACGGUGUGCAUGCUGCCACAAGCGCCGAGGACGACAGCACAUCACGCCCUAGUUCGUCUUCGAGUGCGAGCUCCGUCGACGAAACGCCCGACAAUGCGGCUAUGCGCGCCACCGAUCCGUACACGAAGAAGGUAUACGACCGGCUGCGGAAAGAUGGCAUCAGUCCUCCAUCUUGGCCGUCUCAGCCAGGAGAUCCAAAGAGCAAGGGAGAGAUGGCCAAGUUUAGGGAAAAGUACGAAGAAUAUCGACAGAAAGUGCGCGCGUCUCUCACCAAAGCCUCUCUAAUCGAUGACCCGGACAAACGAAAGACUCUCGAAAAUGCCAUCACAUUCCGAGGUAUUUGCGAGGAUAUGUGCUCCGAGUACGAGAAGAUUACGCGAAUCACUGAAUUAGACGUCCCCCAACCCGAAAAGGAUGCUCGGACAGGCUUUGCAAAGACGAGCCGAAUGGUCAAGAAGCUGGCGCGUUCGGCCGCUGGACAGGAAGCUCCUCUUCCAAUGGAUGUCCGCUCUACGGCAGCACUACGACGUACACUGGACUAUCUAAUUGACGACCUACUUCGCGACGAUGAAAACUUGCCAAGCUUACACGGAUUUCUAUGGGAUCGAACGCGAGCUAUCCGUCGAGAUUUCACCUUCUUCUCUUCCCCCACGGCCGACGAUUUGAAAACGCAAGCAUAUGUGCUGGAAAAUAUUGCGAGAUUUCAUGUCACGGCACUCCAUCUUCUGUCACAACCAGGAAAGGCUGGCGAAGAUUUUGUCGAACAGCAGGAACUCGAGCAACUUGGCAAAGCUCUGCUCUCUCUCCGAGAUUUGUAUGAUGACUGUAAUGCUCAGGGUAUCACGUGUGAGAACGAAGCCGAAUUCCGCGCAUACUAUCUGCUCUUCCAUGCCCACGAUUCAAACACGAUUGAGAUGCUGCAGCGGCAAUGGAAACCACAUUUUUGGAGGGAUUCAGACGAUAUUAGGACCGCAGUAUCACUUGUUGAAGCUUUGCAAAACACAGCCGAUUUCCAUGGUCCGUUGAAAGCGGCCCCGUUCUUGGCAGCGUCUAAUGCUUUCCACUCAUACUUUCGAAUUGUUGAGGACCCCAGCGUCUCAUACACCAUGGCCUGUUUUGCGGAGUGCCACUUCCCCCAGCUUCGCCGGUCGAUUCUGCGAGCCGUGAAGCGAGCAAUGGCCCGGCCCAAAGACCCGACAAACGAUUUGACAGCUGCUUCUUUGAACAAGUUUCUUCGGUUCGACACAAUUCAAGAAGCCAUCGACUUUGCGAAACUUCACGGUAUCGAAUUCGUCCCAGACAAACAGGCUCCUAUGGACCCUAACCAACAAUGCCUGGUUUUGAAUAACAAGGAGCCGCUUCGGCACCCCCGUCUUCACCAUCAAUUUUCACAGGUUCUCGUGGAAAAUAAGCGGCGAAAUCGACCUUUACCAGACGUUAUCCACAAAACAAUCUCCGAGGACUCGACUACGUCUUUCGAAUCAGGAUCCGGUAGCUUCUCUAUGCAAGAUGAAGGAUCUCUCUUUGUGCCAGACACAAAACCAGGAAUACCAGCCGAACCUCAACCGCCCAAGACACAAACUGCUACAACUCUUCCUGCGUUCGGCCAGACCUUAAGUGGGUUUGGAAGCAACUUCGCCGGCACACAUCAAGGUAGAGAUUUAUUCCCUUGCCAGAUACAAGAACAUCAGCAGUUAUCUCGCACAUUAUCCUUGCUCAUUCCAGUUCACUAA